AGCCACGAAGCAGCAGUGAGAGUUCCUGGAGUCCUGGAGAGGGAGGGGAGACAUGGCUGAGCUGUAUGUGAAGCCGGGUAACAAAGAAAAGGGCUGGAAUGACCCUCCCCAAUUCUCGUAUGGCUUGCAGAUGUCUGGAGGUGGUAAACGCACACCGCUGAAUAAAAGAGUCCCGGUACCUUUACAGGAUCCCCCUGCAGCAUCUUCAGGGCAACCACUUUCUUCUUCCACUCCUCCAAAGAUGCCACCAGCAGGUUCAACAAGCAACAUUGGCCCUCCUCCUUUGGGACAAGUCUCCUCACCCCUUAGAACAGACAACUCAAAGCCGUGUUCCAGUCAAACAGAAUCGCAGGCUCCUGUAGAUGUAAAGGAUGUUCUAGUCCCACUCCGUGAAAUCUUGGAGGCCUGCAAAGAUCUCAUUAAGAAACAAGUGUUUCUUGAUAUAAGCAAGAGACUUGCCAUGCUGGAAGAAAUGUGGAACAGUGGAAAGCUAUCAAGUCCUGUGCAGAGAAGAAUGGGAAUACUGGUAAAGGACCUCAAUCAGAACUGGAAUUCUGCUGAUGAAGUCCACAGGUCCCUGAUGGUGGAUCAUGUAAAUGAAGUCAGUCAGUGGAUGGUGGGAGUGAAACGUUUAAUUGCUGAAGCGAGAAACUUACCUCACGAGGAGCUGCCUGCAAAAGAAGAGGCCGUAACAGAGAGCACCGACAGCGGCCAUCAGGACACCUAGGAGGCCAUUUUAGUACAUGGCCGUAUUGCUAUGCAGUCUACCCACAGUAUCAAAUGACUUUUUUCAGUCAAUAUUAACUUUGUUUUUAUGGUAUUUUUCUGGUUGACCUUUUUUUGGGAUUAAGGAGAUAAUUUUCUUCUGUGGCAUCUUUCAGGUUUAGUGAUGGCAGCCAUUUUGAGGACUGAGCCAAUAUUAACGUUUACGCAGCUUAUCGGUUAAACAGGACUGGGGAAUAACUGAGGUUGUCUAUAGCUCAUCUUCCACAAUGGCUUCCUCCACAGAGCACUUUACAUUGACUAGCCUGCUGCUGACCUAAAAGAAUUUGCAAAGUUUCUCUAUUAUCUGAGCCAUGAAUGGCAAUGAAGAGGAAACUGAU